UCUGAGAAAAACUACUCCUGAGAAAGAGAGAAAGAAAAACAACUCCUGAGAGAGAAAGAGAGAGAGAGAGAAAUGGAGAUAAGUCUGUGGAUAGUAGUUUCCAUGGUGGUGGGAGUGAUGUUCGUGGUGUCAGAAAAACUACGAAAGCCAAAAUCAACAAUGAAAUUGCCUCCGGGGCCGCCUAAACUCCCGAUAAUUGGGAACCUGCACCAGAACCUGCUCCAGCUCGGCAGUGGUGGCGAGUUGAUCUACGUCACCUUAUUCAAAUUGUCCCAGAAGUAUGGCGGGAUUAUGACAGUAUGGUUAGGCAUGAAACCGACGAUUGUGAUAAGCAAUCAUGAGGGAGCUUGGGAGGUUCUUGUAAACAAGUCUGCCGACUAUGCGUCGCGGAUGCUCCCUUACAUGUCUAAAUAUAUCACUGCCAACUGGACAACGCUUUUCUCAUCCGACCAUGGCCCAUACUGGCAAUCCCUUCGUAAGGGUGUCCAGGGCUUUGCUAUGAAUCCAUCAUCCAUCUCCAGCCAAACUCUCUCUCAAGAAAAAGAAGCCAUUGCCAUGACACAAAAAAUCCAAGAACAAGCUGCUGUCAAUGGCGGAAUCGUCCACCCUAUCGACAACAUUCGACAUAACACAAUACGGGUAGUAGGCCGCCUUUGUUUCGGCCCUGAUUUCAACAACGAAGCAUUUGUUGUUGGCAUAGACCCUUUUAUUGAUGAUGUCAUCAACAUAUCUGCUCUUGCCCGUUUUGCCGAUGCCUUCCCCUUCAUUCGCUACAUCCCGGGCCUGCGGGGUCCAUUCAGAAAAGUAGCUGAAAUUCGUGAUGGUAUUGUGUCGGUGGUAAAACCAGAAAUCACUCGCUACCAAUCAUCGAAAUCACCAUGCACCACUUGCUACAUGCACUUCCUCCUCUCGAAUGGCUACCCUAUGGAAACUAUCAUCUUUACCCUAUUCGAGAUGUUCAUGCUCUCCGUUGAUAGCACAUCCACUGCAACCGCUUGGGCUCUAGCGUUCCUUAUACGAAACCCCGAAAUCCAACAGAAGCUCUUUAAAGAAGUAAGCGGUGGAGACGAAAAGAGAGAGAGGGUGACCGUAGAUCAAGUGAGUAAGAUGCCAUAUCUUCAAGCUGUAAUGAGUGAAGUGUUUCGUAUGAAGCCGAUCGCCCCGCUCGCCAUCCCCCACAAGACGGUGAAUGAUACCACAUUGACAGGUUUGAAGAUCGACAAAGGUACUGCUGUUAUAGUAAAUAUCUAUGCUGUCCUCAACGAUCCAAAGGUCUGGAAUGAACCGGAGCGGUUCAUGCCGGAGAGGUUCUUGAAUGAAAAUGCACGUAGUGCUGGCAUGGCCAUGGAACGGUCUUUUCUUCCGUUUGGGGCAGGUAGGCGAAUUUGUGCAGGGAUGGAUCUGGGCAAGCUUCAGGUGGGCCUCACCCUGGCCAAUCUGAUUAACAGUUUUGAAUGGCUUGCAGCUGAUGGGGAUGGCCCGGACAUGACCGACGAUUUUACUAGUCUUCUUAGAAUGAAAGAGCCCCUCGUUGCACGAAUCAAGCCUCGUACUAACCUUGGAGCCAGCCUCUUUUGAAAGCUUUGUGACCAUGGAUGCUAAGUAUUCGCUCUCAACUGCACGUCGAAACUGUUACUUGCCGUCCGUCAGUCUCUUCUCAUUCUUUAUAUUUCUAAUCAGAUAGGCCCCAUGCAAAAAUUAAAUAAAUAAACGUUAUAUGUGAUUUGAUUUUAUAUUGUUCAUGUCCACAGUGUCCUUGUGGACGCAUAAAUUACAAAACCUUCUUAUAUUACGAGAUUUUGACUAUUGGUCCGUA